UUGAAAAUGAUAUUUGACAUGGCAAUCACUCCUGAAGAGGUGACCAUUUCUCUCAUAAUUUUGGUGGUGGUUUUUGUUUUUGUGAGAGCACUUGGGAGUAAGGGAAGAAAGCAGGUGUCUCCUCCUGGCCCAUGGUCCUUCCCCAUCAUAGGAAAUCUUCUGAACCUUGGAGACCAUCCUUACCUUACAUUCAUCGAGAUGAGGAAAAAAUAUGGAGAUGUCUUUCUCAUCAAACUUGGCAUGGUGCCUGUUGUGGUGGUGAACGGAAUGGAAGUGGUGAAGCAAGUACUGCUCAAGGAUGGAGAGCAUUUUGCAGGCAGACCUAACAUGCACACAUUUUCUUUCCUGGCAGAAGGAAAGAGUCUUUCAUUUUCAGUCAAUUACGGAGAGAGUUGGAAGCUUCAUAAGAAAAUAGCCUCCAAUGCUUUACGAACUUUUUCGAAAUCAGAAGCAAAAUCCUCCACCUGCUCUUGCUUGCUCGAGGAACAUGUCAUUGAGGAAAUUUCUGAGCUGGCAAAUGUCUUUGAAGAGUUGACUUCCAAGAAUGGUAGCUUUGACCCCAGAAGUGCCAUCACCUGUGCAGUGGCCAAUGUUGUCUGUGCCCUUUGCUUUGGCAAGAGAUAUGACCACAGUGACGAGGAGUUUCUUAGGAUAGUGAAAACGAAUGAUGAUUUACUCAAGGCCUCCAGUGCAGCGAAUCCUGCUGAUUUCAUACCAUGUUUUCGUUACCUUCCACUGCGCAUUGUAAAUGCUCCUCGAGAGUUUUAUCAGGCCCUGAAUCAGUUUAUUGCUCUACAUGUACAAGAUCAUCUUGCUACGUAUGAUAAGGACCAUAUGCGAGACAUUACCGAUGCUCUGAUUAAUACGUGCCACAAAAAAUAUGCCACUAUCAAAACAGCCACCUUAAAUGAUGAUGAAAUCAUAAGCACUGUGAAUGACAUCUUUGGAGCUGGCUUUGAAACUGUAUCAACAUGUCUGUAUUGGAGCUUUCUUUAUUUGAUACAGUAUCCAGAAAUUCAAGCCAAAAUUCAAGAAGAAAUUGAUGGAAACAUUGGGCUAAGAUCACCCAGAUUUGAAGACAGGAAAAUUUUACCCUACACAGAAGCUUUCAUAAAUGAAAUAUUCAGACACGCCUCCUUUCUCCCCUUCACUAUUCCACAUUGUACCACCGCAGACACCACUCUGAAUGGCUAUUUCAUUCCCAGGAAUACGUGCACCUUUAUUAACAUGUAUCAAGUAAAUCAUGAUGAAGCUAUCUGGGAUAAUCCCGGGGUAUUUAGUCCUGAGAGAUUUUUGAACGAAAACAAGGAGCUGAAUAAAAGCCUUGUGGACAAGGUCCUGAUAUUUGGAAUGGGAAUCCGGAAGUGCCUCGGAGAAGAUGUGGCACGAAACGAGAUCUUCCUCUUCAUCGUCACAGUUCUGCAGCAGCUCAAGCUGAGCAAAUGUCCCGGAGCCGAGCUGGACCUGAUGCCCACCUAUGGCUUAGUCAUGAAGCCCACACCGUACCAGCUCCGAGCAGAGCCCCGCUCCACCAGCAGUGCAUCUUAG